AUGUUCGCCCAAGCCCGUCUCGCAGCAUCCAGGCAGCCAACAAAAGCAUGUCUCCGUCGUUUUCUCGCGACAGAGGUCGACGCCUCCGUCGCGUCCACCUCUGCAUCCCAGACGCGUCCCGUCCUCAACACCGCCGUCAUCCUCAACCGUUCCCCCAUCAUCACCCGCACCCCGUCCCCCUUCGAGCGCGCCUACUACAAGUACCAGGCAAACAUACACCGCGCACUCCAGAACCCCUUCCCGAACGAGUUCUACUUCAAGCAGGGCUCCCCCCUUGAAGCACGCUUCAAUGUCGAGGAGCAGCGCAGAGAGCGCGCCGCACUAGGCACCCCCUUUGGCAUGCAGGAAGGCGAAAAGUCAGAGGCCGUUCUUCAGGCGGAGCAGACCAUACGCGACGAAGAGGACCUCCGCAUGCCCCGCCAGCACGAAGCCGACACCAAGAACGACUUCAAGGACCUCAACAGGAGGGGGCAGCGCAACCUCUACCUUGCCCUCCUUCAGAAGGAGGGCGACAAGCACGUCUGGAGGUUCCCGCAGGGCCCCGUCAACCAGGGCGAGCUGUUGCACCAUGCAGCAGAACGGGAUCUCGAGACCCAGUGUGGCGAUGGUAUGGACACAUGGAUAGUCAGUCGCAAGCCCGUCGGCGUCUACCACCCUCCAUCACCACCAGCAACCGACCCCGCUAAGAAGAAUGUAGUCUUCUUCUACAAAGCUCACAUCAUGGCAGGUCAGGUCCAGCACGACCCCAAAACCACCCUUGACUUUGCCUGGCUCACAAAGGGAGAGCUCAGCGAGCGCGUCGAGCCAACAUAUUGGGAGAGCGUCAAGGAUAUGCUGUCAGAUUUCUAG